AUGGCGGCGAGCCGUGAGAGAAGCGCGCUGCCGCCCUCCGUGACUGAGGCGGAUUCAAACGGAUCGGCGCGAACAGCCGGCGAAGAGCGACGAGCCGAGGAGCGGCGCCCCGCGGAGAUUGCGGGAAGCAGUGCGCCGCCCGCCGUCCGCGCAGCCGGCGAUGCUCGCCUGUUGAGGUCAUGCUUCGACGGACUGGCGCGCGACCUCGACCACGCUCUUCGCGCGGCCGCGUCGCCGUCGGAGGAGCACGACGCCAUCGCCUCCUGUCUGCUCGUUGCAAACGCGCUGUGCGACUGGCCGGAUAGCGACGCGGCGCGGCCGCGCGAGGCGUUCGGCUUCCGCGUGCUGCGCAGCAUGCCGUGCGACACCGAGUCGCUUCGUCUGCGAGGCAAGCCCCGGGGUUCAGGUGCUGAGCGGGAGGUGCGCGGCGAGAGGCGGGCGAGCACACGGCGCGCGACGUAUAAUCCGUUUAACGGCUUCUGCGGGACCAAGGCCAGCUCGCAGAACUCCGUCAUCGCCACAGCGCCCCCCUCGCUCUGCCCGCUGCUGCCCGCGUGCCUGCGCGCGCCCUUCCGCACGGAGCUGUUGGUGGCAUCGACGAAGUUCGACCGCAAUCCCAAGAAGCGGCGGUCGGAAGGUGGCAUGGUGCCACGGCAGGUCAGCCAGGAGGAAGCAGAGCAGCUUCACGCGCUCAAGGCGCACAGGUUCUACCUGCUCCUCAACCACCCACUUGCGCACCGACGCCUCGCAGCACACAGCAAGCCCCUCAGACCGAAGUACUGGCAGCCGCUCUCCCUCGCCCUCAUCUCCUCCUCCGACCCCUCCCACGCCCCACGUCCUCAUUCCGCCCCCCUCGCCUCCCCCUCUCCCACCUCCCCUCAUGUGCCUGCAGCCCUGCCUGCACCCACCACUGCGCCUGCACCUGCCACUGCACCUCCCCCUCCUGUGACCAGCGCGAGGGAGCUGUACUCUCACGUGAAGGCGUACCUGGCAGGGCGCGCUGGGGGGAGUGGCAGUGGGGGUGAUGGCAGCGGGGAGGGCAGUGGGGAGGAGGAGGCGCAGGCCAUGUGGCGUGUGGUGCGGGCAUGCGGGGUGGAAUCAGUAGGAGAAUUGAGUGGCGUGGUGGACGAGAGGGGAUGGACCCCCAUGCAUGUGGCUGCACGCAAUGGUGACUCCCCCGUGCUCCAGGCACUGUUGCGCAUGCGCAUGCGGGCGGGGGUGUGCAGCACACGCAAUGCCACCACGCCACUGCACCUGGCGGCGUAUGGCGGCCACGUGGGCUGCAUGGGCCUGCUGGUGGAGUAUGGUGCUGACAUCCGCGCUCGCACUGCUGGCGGCUGGACGCCAUUGCACAACGCAGCGAAAAAGGAGCAGUGGGAGGCGGUGAGGUGGCUGGCGCAGCAGGGGAUAGACCCCGCAGAGGUGGAAAGACCGGGGGCCAACCCCAAGGCGGACAGGCUGGACGAACACCUCAUGGCAAGGGCGGUGCAGAUCGUGCGGGAGGAACACGAGAGGCACGCGGGGCAUGAAGGGAGGGAAGGGCUUGGGUGGGAGGAGGAGGCUGGUGCAGGUGCUAGCUGGAUGGAGUUUCUUCUUGAUGAUCACCAUGACGGCGCAUGA